GUGUGAUUUCACGUUUAUUCCGCUUGGAGCACUUGUUGCGUGCGAAAGGGGUGAAGCCAAAUCAAAACAUUCCGUCUGGCAAAUUACAUCACUCAUAGGCGGAGAUAAUGUCUCCGCAGAGAUGUCAUGUUUCCUUUUCGACUUUCCUGCUGUUCGUUCUGGGACUCGGAUAUGCACCCACAUUCGGAUGGAUGGUCCACUUUCGCCCGGCUACCCUGAAGCUGCAUAUGGAGCGGGGGGAUAAGGUGCAGCUUACCCUGGAAAACCUAGCACCUUCCACGCUGCAGCAACCGGAGCGCUUCCAUUUCCGCCUGGAAAGUGCUGACAAGGAUCUGGCCAGUAUUCCCGGGGAGAACGCGACCAUUCCCCUUAGCCUCUUCAACACGGAAACACGCGAUUGGACAGGCGAAAUCCUCGUCAAUGCCCUCUUUCUGGGGCAGACCAAGAUCCAAGUGAGGUUGUACGAUACCCAGCUGAACAAAAGUGAGUUGCCCACGAAUUGGAGCAACGACAGCUCGCUGGAGGUUAAGAUUCUGCGUCCGAUUCGGGUGGUCGAUCAUGUGUUCAUCGGCUCCAUCAUACUGCUGAUGUCUCUGCUGUACAUUAACUUUGGUGCCGCACUCAAUCUGGACGUGCUGAGAGGUCUGAUCACCCGGCCCACAGCUCCCUGCAUCGGAUUCGUGAUGCAGGUGGUGGGCAUGCCUCUGCUGAGCUACGCCUUGGGGGUGUUCAUCUUCCCCCAGGCACCGGCCAUGCAGCUGGGACUCUUCUUCACCGGCAUCUCGCCCAGCGGUGGGGCAUCGAACACCUGGAGCGCUGUGCUGGGCGGGAAUAUACACCUAUCCGUGCUUAUGACCACGGUGUGCAAUGUGGCUGCCUUCGCCACCAUGCCCCUUUGGAUUUUCACUCUUGGGCAACUGAUCUUCGAGCGCGUAGGCAUGCAGGUGCCCUACCAAAAAAUCGCUACCUACUGCGGCUCUCUGAUUUUCCCGCUGCUGAUCGGGCUACUCAUCCAGAAGCGACUGCCCCGGGUCACCCGGGUCCUGGUCCGUCUGCUUAAGCCCAUCUCCGCCUGCCUAAUCAUGUUCAUCGUCAUAUUCGCCAUCAUCACGAACUUCUAUCUGUUCUAUUUGUUCUCCUGGCAGAUUGCCGUAGCUGGCAUGGCUCUCCCGGGCCUAGGCUACAUCUUCGCCUGGCUGGCAGCCAAGUUACUCCAUCAAAAUGCCGCCGACGCGUUGACCAUUGCCAUUGAGACGGGCAUACAGAACACGGGCAUCGCCAUCUUCCUGCUCACAACCACGCUGGAAUCGCCGGAGGCGGACCUCACCACGGUAGUGCCGGUUUCGGUGGCCGUGAUGACGCCAUUCCCACUGCUGGGAAUAUAUCUUUACAAACGAUGCUGUGCACCCAAAACGAUCGAAGCUAACGCUGCCGAAUCGGAGCGGAUUGUUUAAGCUGUAGUUGCUGAAUUUUACAGUUUUUGAUAGCUGCUGCAAUAUUAUCAUUGUAUAGUGUUUGUACAUAUUGGUUUUUGAUAACUUAUACAACGUAAAGUUUGUGGACAAGGCUAUUCCAAAAUUUUCUACACUUAAGUCACACCCAAAUAUUUUGGGAUAAUCAUUUGUAAUUAUUUUACAAUAAAGUCAUAUUUAUACCUGUA